AUGGCAAAGCACCAAUAUGGCCUGGUCUUCGAUGCUGGCUCGUCGGGCACUCGAGUCUACGUCUACCGGUGGAAGGACGCGAAACAUGCCCGGAAGGAGGGCGACAAGGAGGAUCUGAGGAGGUUGCCCGAGGUCAAGACCAAGAAGAAGUGGAUCAAAAAGGUGCAUCCGGGCAUUUCUACCUUCGGCGAUAAGCCUGAGGCUGUAGGAGAACAUCUGAAAGAGCUAGUCGAGUUUGCGCAAGAUAUUGUGCCCAAGGGCGAGGUGGAAAAUACGCCGGUAUUCCUGCUUGCGACUGCGGGCAUGCGAUUAUUGCCGGAUCACCAAAGGGCUGAUGUGCUGAGAUAUACGUGUGCCUACUUUCGAGAACAUACCCAAUUCCAACUGCCGGAUUGCGACCUACACGUACAGGUUAUUCCGGGCGAGACUGAAGGUCUCUACGGCUGGAUUGCUGCGAAUUACCUUCUUGGAGGCUUCGAUGCGCCGGACGAUCAUGAUCAUGGAAAGAGUCACCACACUUACGGAUUUCUUGAUAUGGGAGGAGCAUCGGCGCAGAUUGCGUUUGCGCCAAAUGCAACGGAAGCUGAGAAGCACGCCAAUGACCUGAAAUUGCUGAGGCUGCGAACAGUGGGAGGCCAGCAGAUGGACUAUCGAGUGUUCGUAACAACAUGGCUCGGCUUUGGAGCCAAUGAAGCACGAAAACGAUAUGUAACACGACUUCUCGAAGCGUCGCCGAAUGCUCAUGAGCUACCGGAUCCGUGUCUGCCUGUCGGCAUCAAGGUCAAGACAACUGGUGAGGAGAUUGCACCCGGGUCCAGUGACUUGCAAGGGAAGGAGCCUUAUCUGGUCGGCACAGGUGACUUCACGCAAUGUCUGAAGGGCACGUAUCCUCUCUUGGAGAAAGAGAAGGAAUGUAAGGAUGCGCCUUGUCUGCUCAAUGGUCAACAUACCCCUGCGAUCGACUUCGAUGUCAACCACUUCGUUGGCGUCUCCGAAUUCUGGCAUACGACACACGAGAUCUUCGCGAAGGCCCACAAAGACAAAGCCUAUGACUUCCAGACGUAUCAGAAGCAGGUCACCGACCUCUGCUCACGAGAUUGGGCAGACAUCGAGAAAGAUGUCGCAAAAGAGAAGUGGGGCCACGAAGUGGAUGCAAAGACGGUCGAGGAAGUGUGCUUCAAGGCGAGCUGGCUGAUUAACAUGCUCCACGAAGGUAUCGGAGUGCCAAGAGUCGGAAUUGAGGCUGGCAAGAGUAGUGGAUACAACAAGACCAAGGCUGUGGUUGAAAGUGCCAAAGAUCGCGGCUUUCUGGAUCCUUUCCAGGCUGUCGACAAGAUUGAUGGCACUGAAGUCAGCUGGACUCUCGGCAAGAUCGUCCUCUAUGCAUCCUCGCAGAUGCCACCUGCAGAAGAUGCACUGGCCGUGGGCUUUGGCAGUAAUACGCAAACCACGCGACUGCCUCCUGACUGGCAAUAUCCUGCAGCCGGCCUUGACUCCUACCCUGCGAACGGAACCAUGCAAGCGGAAGAUCAGGACUGGCACGACAAGAUCCUCACCAGCACCUACUCGCGUCGCAUCCCAGGCAUCCUGAUCUUUCUGCUUAUUAUGGUCCUUGCCGUCUACCUACUCUGUGGCCGUGAGCGACGCCAAUCCUGGUACCAAAGAUAUCUUGGCGGCAAGUCCUCGUCAUUCAAGUCGAAGAAGAAGCGACCGGGUAUGCUUAGUGGCAAGCUCUUUGGCAACAACUCUCCCUCCUACGAGCGAGUGCUCGAGGAAGCCGAUCUAGACGACUUCGAACUAGCUGAAGUUGACUCCGAGCACCUCUCAGAUUCCAGCACUGAUGCAGACGCCGUGCGAAUCGGCCGUACAUCCGGCAUGGUCACUCCAGCAAUGCGAGCCUUGUCACCUGAUUUCACCAGAAACUCUCCCAUCAAGUCAAAGGGCUUUUUCGACCCCUCUGGCAUCGCGACACCUGUCACCACCUCACAUGGCCUCGGCAUUGGUGGUGCAAUCACGCCUUUCGAACGUUCUGGCUUAAUGGCCAGGAGCGAGAGCACUGACCGGCUUGCUCCGGGAAGUAGAAGUAGGAGGACCAGUCCCAGUCGGAAAAGUCCUUUGAUGACACCUUUUAAGGAGAGUGUUGAUUGAGGGGAUGAGGAGGAGUUAAUCACGAAAUUUGGAUUUUCUUGUUUUCGUCAUCAUGAAAGCGAAGGUGCUUGUGGAGUUUUUGAAUUGGAUGCAAUGAAAUGAACGGGGUUUGGACACUGACACUUGGGUUUACUACCACUGCCGGGAAAUGUGGCUAAGGUAUAAUGAUGUGAUGCUUUGGUGCGAAGUUUUCUAUAGACUUCUUUUUGAUCUUGUCCAUACGCUUUUAAGAGAUGCCGUCUUGGCUUUUUG